CACAAAAGUAAUGUUUUCUUUCCUAGCUCAGUGUUAUUUAGAGCGUUAUGUGAGUUUCGGAGCGAUUCCGAACUUCUAUCGGACUUUUGAUAUAGUUUUCGGGUUUUGAAACUUUAGAAAAAUGUCCGAGGCAAAAUACUCCAAAGGUUCUGCUUCUUUGAUAACGAAACCCGCUAAUCUAGAAUGCAAAAACUUGGAAGAAUACCUCAAAUCACGGCCCCCGGAUGCUUUAGAAAAAUUGUACAACUAUCCGGCGAUAUGCCUAGCAGUUUAUCGCGAGUUACCGGAAAUUGCUCGUCAGUUUGUAAUAAGGAUACUGUUUCUAGAACAAGCGAUUCCACAAGCAGUCGUCACAUCGUGGGGCUCGCAGAUAUAUGCGAAGGAAAAUGUUAUCGUCUCACGAGUUUUAACUGAUCUGGGUGUUUGGCGUAACAUUCCUAUACCCGGAGGGUUGGAAGGUUUGGAGCUAUGCCCUACCUUUAAGAAAAAUCUUAAAAUUGCCUUACUCGGAGGAGGCCGCCCCUGGUCAAUGAGCAACGCGAUGGAUCCGGAUCAGAAGUCGCGGGACAUCGAGUUUCUAGACACAUACGCUAUGUCACGGUGGCGAUGUGUGUUGCACUACAUGGUGGGUGCCGGCAGUUCCAAAGGAAUGGAGGGAGAGGGGAUUUCACCGGAUGCGGUGCGAAUUCUUCUGCAUGCAAAUCUAAUGAAGCGGGAUGAAUCGGACGGUAGUCCGGUAAUCACACGACAGGGAUUUCAGUUCCUUUUACUAGAUACUCAGGCCCAGGUGUGGCAUUUUAUGCUUCAGUAUUUGGACACCUGUGAGGCACGUGGGCUAGAUUUGGCCGAAUGUCUCUCGAUGUUAUUUCAGCUAAGCUUUUCCACAUUGGGUCGGGAUUACAGCUCGGAAGGGUUGAGCCAAGGACUGCUAACGUUCUUACAACACUUGAGAGAAUUCGGUCUGGUAUAUCAACGUAAGCGGAAAGAAGGACGCUUCUAUCCCACUAGAUUAGCACACAACAUCACCUCAAAGAAUGCCGUACCUGCCAUCCCGGAAGAUGAUAGUUCGUCUCAGGAUAAGGGGUACAUUGUUGUGGAAACAAACUAUCGUGUGUACGCGUACACCGAUUCCAACCUCCAGGUAGCCUUGUUAGGUUUGUUCACGGAGUUGCUGUAUCGCUUUCCGAACUUAGUAGUAGGUGUGCUCACAAGAGACGCCGUUCGUCAAGCGUUCCGGGGUGGUAUAACGGCUGAACAAAUCAUUAGCUAUCUGGAGCAGCACGCACAUCCUACUAUGUUAAACACCGAGCACACCGUGAAUACCAAAUCUCCACUUCCACCGACGGUUGUCGAUCAAAUUAAACUGUGGGAAAACGAACGAAACCGGUUCACAUACACCGAGGGUGUGGUCUACAAUCAGUUUCUGUCGCAGGGCGAUUUUAACACACUGCGCGAUUAUGCUCAAUCGAUCGGGGUAAUGAUCUGGCAGAACGAGCGUACUCGAACCAUGGUUGUCACCAAAAAUGGCCACGAUGACGUGAAGAGAUUUUGGAAGCGAUAUUCUAAGGGUGGAAGCUAAGCAAAAGCUAGUGGACAAUUCUUUCGCAUAACGUGAUUCUGCUGCGUUGAAAGUUGUGUUUAGUAUGCUUUAAUAAAGUUUUAGGGUUUCGAGCAAGAGAUCUGUUAGAUUACCUUUCUUCAUUA